AUGCCGACCCACCUCAGCAAGACCAGGAAGCACCGUGGCCACGUCUCGGCCGGUCACGGUCGUGUCGGAAAGCAUCGCAAGCAUCCCGGAGGUCGUGGUCUCGCCGGUGGUCAGCACCACCACCGCACCAACAUGGACAAGUACCACCCCGGUUACUUCGGUAAGGUCGGUAUGCGCCGCUUCCACCUCACCCGCAACAUGCAGUGGAAGCCCGUCCUCAACCUCGACAAGCUCUGGACGCUCGUCCCCGCCGAGCAGCGCAAGGGCCUGACCGCCGAGAGCACCGAGGUCCCCGUCAUUGACACGCUCGCCGCCGGCUACGCCAAGGUCCUCGGCAAGGGCCGCCUCCCCGCCCUUCCCUGCAUCGUCAAGGCGCGAUGGGUCUCGGAGCGCGCCGAGCAGAAGAUCAAGAAGGCCGGUGGUGUCGUCAAGCUCGUCGCGUAA